UCAUCUUUGAAAAGUUUUCUUUCAAGUGUGUCAAAAUUUGCCAGAAGAAAUUUCUAUUACAUUGCUUUUCUUCAGGAUUUUAUCUUCUUAAAGAAUUCACAUAAAACAAUGGAGGUUGUUGCUUACUUGGCUGUAACAACUCUGUGGUGGAUUUCAUCUUUAACUGUAUUAUCUCCCUUCGUUUUGCUACUGUUGUUGAGCAAAACAUUUAGAAAUGGCUGGUUUUCUUUUUUCUUUGGUAAAGUGAUGGGCCCAUUGUGUAGUCACAAAUUCAUGGCCAAACGAAAAAAGCUUUUUGAAUUGUUAGAGGAACAUCUUCCAAAUCGAGAUAAAUCCAUUCCAUUAGACAUAUUAGAGAUUGGAAUUGGACCGGGAGCGAAUCUCCAGUUUUAUCCCGAAAACUCGAAUCUCACGGCCCUUGAUAUGAAUCCAAGUUUUUUUCAAAUUUUCCACAAUAAUAGAAAGAAGUAUCCUCAAGUGAAGUUAGUGAGAACAGUUUUAAAUUGGGCUGAAGACAUGAAUGAAGUUGAGGAUUCUGCUUAUGAUGUGGUAAUCAGUACUCAUGUUCUUUGUUCAGUCAAGAAUAUAGAGUCUGUCAUGAAAGAAGUCAAAAGGGUCCUUAAACCUGGAGGAAAGUUUCUUUUCUUGGAACAUGUUGCUUACCCUGAAAAUGAAGGUGGUCAUCUUGCACAAAGAUUUGCUGCUCCCUUAUGGGCUGUUUAUUGUGACGGGUGUUAUCCAAAUCGCAACACAGCAGAUGCAAUUAAAAAUGCUGGAUUUAGUGAUGUUCAGUGUGAUGUUAGCUACUCACCUUCCCUAUUAUUGUUUAUUCGCCCACACAUUAUCGGAGUUGCUACUAAAUGAAACAAAACAUUCUUAAUUUACGCAUUGUCUUUCACUGUAUUUUAUUGAAAUAUCGUGGUAGUUAAUUAAAUCUUUUCUCACACCACCAAGGGAAAAAUUUAUAUAGUACACUUUUUUUUAUUUAUUAUAGUACAUUUUUUCUCUAUUUUCAUUUAUUGAAUUCUGAAUCGGCUUAAAUUAGCUGAAAUUUUUCUUACGUGCAAUAUUUUCUCUAAUAAUUCUUCUUUUUUUCUUUCUUUCUAACUCAUGGCAUGCAUUCUAGCAUCAGCAGCUAUUUGUUUUAUUGUGAGUACUAUGUUUAUAAAUUUUUCUUUCGCAUAUUGUUCAUGAUCUCUGAUACAUGUAUUUUUUGACAAUAUAAAUAUUUUUCUGAAUAUAUAUUUACUUAUUUUUAAUAUUUUUUAAGAUUAUGUGUAUCGUUUUAUUGCUAAUGCAUUUAUGUACUUAUUGAUAAAGUAUGAUUGUUUGAAUUAGGUGUCUGCUACAUUAUUUUUUGUUUAAUAGAACGUCUUAUUCCAUAAAAUUUCCUUGUCACAUGGUACUCUAAAUGGUACCAAAAUGUUAACAUUUUCAGUAAAAUUAAUUAUCUGAGCUUAAUUAUUUUUUAUUAUUAGAUUAUUAUUUUUUAAUAAAAUUUUUUUACUCAUAUUGUUCAUGAUCGUACAUGUAUUUUUUGACAAUAUAAUAUUUUUCAGAAUAUAUAUUUAUUUAUUCUGAAAAUUUUUUGGAUUAUGUGUAUAUCGAUUGCUAAUGCAUUUAUAUAAUACUUAUUUACAAAAUGUAAUUAUUUGAAUUAGGUGUCUGUUACGUCAUUUUUUGUUUAAUAGAAGGUCUUGUCCCAUCAAAUUUCUUUGCCCCAUAAUAUUCUAAAUGUUACCAAAAUAGUAACAUUUUCAAUAAAUAGGGCAAAAUUUUAAAAGAGUAACUAGCUGAGGUUAAUUAUUUUUUAUUAUUUGGUUAUAAAAAAUUUUUUUCCGAUUAAGAAAACUAUAAAUUUUAGUUUUUUCAAAAAUCUCAAAAAUUUAAUUACCUAAUUCAGUAUGUUUUUGAGAUACUGUUUGUGUUUCUUCUUAAAGGGGCUGAUCUUUUUUAUGAAACCAAAAGCUUCAUAUUUCAAGUAAGUUUCGCUUAAACUUAAAUUGUGAAGAAUGAGUUAAUAUCAUGCCAAAUGUUAAGAAAUAUUUUGCAUGUGAAGCAAAUUUACUGUUAUAUUUUUUUUGUUUUUGUUGAAAUUGGAAGUUUAAAUGGUUUAGCAAUUAUGUUCUAUUUUAUACUAUUUAUCAAUUCUGUUGCUAGUUUAUAUAUUUUUAUUUGUAUUUUAUAUUGUAGAAAACGAUGUAAGUAAUUUUUUUUAUUAUGACUGUCAAAAAAAAUGUGAUCAAGACUUUGUUUUGUUAGGCAAUUAAUUCAUGUAUUAGGUUAAAAUGUAGCAGUGCAGCAAAAUCUUUGGCCGGUUGCCUAAUGUCCAAAAUAGGGAUGUAUCCAAUAGUGAUUUGGCUAAAUAGUGACGUUUUUUGAAAAAGAAAUCAUUUAUGUAUAUAUGUAUGGUAUAUUUUAUAAAUAUACAGGCAUGUGAUUUUCCCGCUUAUUAGCAGAAUUUUGCUAAUUUUUUGACUGUUGAUUUGCGGAUUUAAUCAAAAAUUUAUUUUCUGACAGAAUUUUCACGGAGUUCCGCCAGUCUGAAAUUUACUUUUCAUAACUUUUGCGAAAUAUUGUUAACGAUAAAGUUUUUCCUUUAUUACCAGCAUCCUCUUCCCAUUUUUUUUCUAUAAGUUCUUCUUCGACACCACGAUACUCAAAGAAAAAUUCCUUAAUAAAUUCAUAAUGCGAGAAGUAAUUCCAAAAAUUGGCUCACAAGUACUUAAGAGAUUGUUUGGUGUUCUCAUAAAAUGGUGUUCUUUCCUUUUUUUUUAAAGUACAAAUUCCAAUUUGUUAUCCUUGAUUUGGCUUUAUAUUUGUCGUCUUUUUUUGCCUUCAAUUAAAUCAAAUCGAUAUUUUUAAGUUAUAUGACAUAAAAUUUUGGCAUUUGAGUAUCACUUUUCAAUACGCUGAACUGCGUCGUAAAUCCAUGCGGUGUUUAGAUUAUAUUUUUGAAGUAGGGAGGCAGUCUCUGGUAAUAUUUUCUCACAGUUUUUAAUAACCCUAUUUUAUUACACAGUGCAAAAUUCGUGAGUUUUUCUGCAGUUAUUGCCGUUAAUUUUUUUAAAUUGUGUUAUAUUCCGUACGAUAUUAUUACGAUUACGGAAAUUUAAAUUGUGCAUUCGACUUCAUUAUUUGACGUGAUGAUACAUUCGAUUUUUUGGCAGUUGUUGCUUCUGAUUUUCGCUUGUUUUUUAAAGCAGUUAACGCCGUUGAUUAUUUAAACUCACGUUAUAUACCAUAUUAUUUCGCUUGUUUUUUAAAAUCAUAAUAUUUAUUAAUUAUAAAUAUGUUUUAUUAAUUGUAGUGAAUCUCAAAACGUGCAUUCGAUUAACCACUUUUUGACAUGUCAAUAAUUUUACAUGUUUGAUGAAAUACUUGUGGGUUCGCAUAUAUAUAUAUAUAUAUAUAAAGUCACAAAGCUCAGUUAUGGUUUUGGAUUUUUAAACGUUUUAAUAUAAUUAAAAAAAAGUUUUUUUCUCUUUUUUUUGUUAUAUAUAUAAGUUAAUGGGUCAGUGUAUUAUGUAUUGUACAUAUUUAUAUAUUUUACUAAUAUGUGGGUUAUAAUAUGAUUACUAAUUCAAGAAUAUUCUACAAUAAAAAUCAUACUAAUUUCAUAAUAUUUGGGUGGUAGUAUAUUGUUAUUUACGACUUACAAAAUUUGAAAUCCAUAGGGAUAGUAUUAGUUAGAUGAUUUUUAUCUAUUAUGAAACUUUGCUUACUUGAAUGCAUUCAAUAUAUACGUAUCAUACUAGUAAAGAAAUGCCCUUUUUGUUCGCCAAAUUUUCUGAAAGCACUGUUAUAAAUUUAGAUGUUGCUAUAUGCAAUUUUACAUGCAUAUGCCGUUUUAUUAAUGAAAUAAUUUUAAAUAUUUUUGUGGUUUUCGAGUUCUAAUACAUUCUGAUUUUAUUCUGA